AUAUUGUUCAGCCCCCGAUAAUUGGAGCUUAUCCUGACCAAGGAAUUGUUGAACCAGAAAUUCAUCAAGAAAUAAAUUUCACAGAAGAAAAUUUAGAAGAAAUAAAUUUAGACGGAAUUUUAGACGUACUAACAGAAGCACAAGAAGGAGUAAAUUUUCAAGAAGGAUUAGAAGAAGAAAAAGUACACUCAGAACCAGAAUCAGAAGGAACUAUAGAAAACGAAGAAUCAGAACCAGAAAUAAACAUGGGAGAUCAAGCUUUACAAGAUGCUGCACAAGCUAUAAAUGCUCUUGCUGCUGCCCUUGGACAAGGUGGUGAAAAAUCCCUAAUCAAAAUCGACUUUUAUCAUGGUGAUGGAACUCAGGACCCAGUUACCUGGGUUGAGGAAUUUGAACGAGCUGCCAAGGCCAACCAUUGGAGCCCUGCUCGCCAAUUGGAGUUAGCUGCUGCUUAUAUGAAGGACAAUGCCCAGGAAUGGUUCUCUAGCCUUGCUAAUGCCCCAACUCAUUUCCAUCAUAACCGGCAUGGCCAGAAUGUAAAUGGUGUUAAUAUCUAUAGCUUUACUCACCUGUUCAAAGAAAAAUUUAGCACUACCAAGCAAAAGGCUGCUUGGCAGAAACAACUUUUUGAAAUCAAACAAGGCACAGACACUGUUGAUACUUACGUUAGCCGCUUUAAACAACUAAAAGGACAUGUGGACCCUCUUAAUAACUUCCCAGCUGCUGUUAUGAUCCAGUUCUUUAUCCAAGGAUUACGACCCGAAUAUGCUAUGAAUGUCCAAGCUGCUGAACCUGCUAACUUGGGUGCUGCUAUUACUGAGGCACGUAAAUGGGAAACAGGACGAAUGAUGGCCUCUGAACAUAAUGCCAAUAAUACCAACCAAGCCAUUGAGCGCCUUACUGAACAAAUUGCCAAGCUCAGUAUAAAUCUCGCUGAAAAACAAGCUGCUCCUCCUACCACUACUUCUGUCUACUACACUGACCAAAACAAGGACCGACCUCAAUCCAAUGCUGGAAAUGCCACAUGCUAUUAUUGUGGACAAAAGGGACAUUUCAUCUGGAAUUGCCAUACUCGAUACCAGGACAACAGGAAGGACUACCAGGGAUACCAAUCCCGAGGCAGAAGCAAUCCAGAUCCAGAAACAGAAGCCAAUCUAGGGAUAGAAAUUAUAAUCGUUCUGGAUAUGAUCGAUCCAGGAGCCGAAGCCAGUCUC